CUAGAGCGGCAGUGCCGGUGUUCUCGUGGGGGGCAGAAAAAAGGAGGAGGAGGAGAAAAUGGUGGCCGGGGAGCAGCUCCGCGUGGUGCGCUGCGGGGGAAGCUGGCUGAGCGGGAGCCGCGCCGCUUUCUCCGCCGAUGGCAAGUACCUUUUGUGUGCUUCAGGUGAUUAUAUAAAAGUCUACAGCACAGCCACAGAAGAAUGCCUCCAUAUUCUACAGGGUCACAGCAACUUAAUAACAGGAAUCCAGUUAAAUCCCACAAACCACCUACAGCUCUACUCAUGUUCUCUAGAUGGCACCAUUAAGCUGUGGGAUUUUAUGGAUGGAAUUCUCAUUAAGACAUUUGUUAUUGGGUCCAAACUCUAUGCAUUUUAUGCACUUGCAAGUUUUGAAAAUUCAGUAUUUCUUAUCAUUCCAAAGGAUGGUGAUGAAAAAUCAGGUAUAUUUCAACUAGUUUCAGUGGCACUUCCAAAAAUACCAGGACAGGAAGUCGAAGCCAAAGAAUGGGAAUUGAUCUUGGAGGGCAUAAGCUCAUCACCCAAAUGUACUUCAUUCGGAAGAGAUGAUGAAUAUGUGGCAUCAGUAUUGGAACUUCACCUCGUUGUUUGUUUUUUCAAGAAGAAAAAAAUGUACAGGUUUUCCCUAGGUUCAAAAUUCAAAAGUAGCACAACCAGCCUCUUCACCUGUGUAGCCUGUCAUCCAAAGGAAGACUGCAUAGCAACUGGACACAAGGAUGGCAAAAUUCGUCUAUGGAGAAAUUUUAAUCAUAGGAGUGAAUACACAUUCUCUACUAUGCACUGGCAUCAUGAUGAAGUUGUGGAUCUUGCUUUUUCUGUUGAAGGAACUAGCUUGCUGAGUGGAGGGAUUGAGUCAGUCCUGGUACAGUGGCGAGAUGGAUCAGAUGCUAAGAAGGAAUUCUUGCCUCGUUUGGGAUCCACAAUACAGCACAUUGGCGUCUCACCCGAUGGAACUUUUCUUUGUACCUCACAUUCAGAUAACAAAAUAGUAAUCAUACACAGCAACUUGAAAGUAUCUGGAAUGAUUCAAGGAUUAAUCAGAGGCAGUGAAGUCAAGACUGGCUUGAUGGUUGACCCAAGAACUAAAGCUUUGGUUCUGAAUGGAAAGCCUGGCCAUCUGCAGUUCUAUUCACUGCAAAAUGACAAGCAGCUGUACAAUUUGGAUAUUGUGCAGCAGGAAUAUAUACAUCAGCAGGGUCUAAACCAGAUUGAGGUAGUAAAAGCUGCAUUUGAUUCCAAAGGCAACUGGCUGGCCACUGUGGAACAGCGACAAGAAGGAGACAAUGAACUUGAAUUGCAAAUGAAGCUCUGGGCUUAUGAUGAGCAAACACAAAGCUUUACUUUGAACACAAGAAUAAAUAUGCCACAUGAAGAUCAUAUCACAGCUGUGUGUUUCUGUUGCACAGAUGAAACUAUAAACAUAACACCCACUUUGGUAACAACCAGCAAUGAUGGACAUUUUAAAGUCUGGAUGCUGGUGACUGAAAGUGAUGGUGAAGAUCAAAACAAAACCUGGGCCUGUGAUUUUGUAGGAAGUUAUCACAACUACCGAGCGACAAAUUGCUGUUUCUCUGAAGAUGGUUCUUUGCUUGCAGUUAGUUUUGAUGAAAUAGUCACUGUGUGGGACUCAGAGACAUGGGAUCUGAAAUGUACAUUCUGCCAUCCCCCUGGAAUUAUACUAAGCCUGUGUUUUGGAAGGCUAAGUUGUUCAAAGUACCUCCUUGCCACCACCAGUACGGCUCCUUGUGUGGCUGGGAAUUUGCUGAGCUGCACAUUGGAAUGGAGUGCCCGGUUAAACAUCACGGUUCUGCAACCUGAUUGUCUGUCUGAAAACAUUGCUGCCAUUUCAUGGAAUUCUGAAUGCUCAGAUGUGUUUGUAUUUAAACCGAGUGAACCACGACCCUUCUGCAUCCAGAGAAAAGUCUGCAGAGGCAGAGUCCUGUGGGCUGUUUUUGUUCCAAGAGAAGUGCCUGAAUGUAUUUGCUCCGAAAAAUAUCAGUGGCUGAGCCAAUCUCAGUUUUACUUCCUGACAGAAACACAUGAAUUGAUGACAUUUAGCACAAAAACCCCUGAAGAGAGGCUUACACCCUCCAGCAAACAGCUGGCAAUUGAGGACAGCUUCCCCAUGACACCUUUUUACCUGCUACUGGGAAAACACCAGCAACAGACAAAAGAGACUGGAGAAACUGGCAAAGCACGUAUGCAGAGCAACAUGGCACAGGAAUCACCUGCUGUGAAAGAACUGCUUCACACUCCUGCUCAUGUCUUACCAUCUGCUGCUUACCUGUGUCCUAUUUUUAUUAAUUCACUACUGGUGCCCAAAACAAGUAAAAGAACUGAUGAUGUUCCUAAUGACGUUGAAAUGCAAAGUGACAAUGAAGAAGAUGAAUCAGAGGAGGAAACAGGCAUUACUGAAGUGCAUCCAGAGGCUUCAGAUGCAUUGGAUUGUUUGGGGGAAGUUAUACCUAAAUUAUCAAAAGCUCAGGAAAAAGAACUGCGUAAAUUAAGAAAACUGGACUACAGCUGGGCAUCAGCUCUCUAGAUGUAUAAUGCUGUGGACUUCAAGAUUUAAAUUUCUUACUGAUAAUUUAAGAAGAUGUUCAUGUUUUCAAAUAAAAGGUUAAUUUUUA